AGUCAAUUGUCGCGGCUCCUUGCCUCAAUAGACAGCCAGGAGAACAAACGGUUUUAUUUGGAUACUUCUGAUUAUUGAUAUCUCUAUUCUAUUCCGAUGCCUAGUCAUAGUAAUGGACCACGCGGAUCAAUCGCCAGCGAUGAUUCUCAGGCGCCGCUUAUUGAAGCAGAUGAUGCACAAAGGAGAAGGGUCAUGCCAUCCCUGUCAAUUCACAUUCUCUCUAUAGCACUGUGCCUCUCGUCAGGAUUCCAACAGGGUUACAUCGCCUCUGUGCUCAAUCAACCAUAUGCUCAAAUUGAACAAUUCAUCAACUCAUCGUGGAUAGAACGGACCGGACAUCCUAUAUCGGAUUCCACGUUGCAUUUACUAUGGUCACUUCUCAAUGUUUGCUUUCCAAUCGCCACUAUCUUUGGACAAUUUCUGGCUGGAUGGAUGUGUAGUCAAUUCGGCAGGAAGCAUACUGCCCUGAUUGCUUCAUUUCUUUAUAUCCCCGGAGCCCUGCUCUGUGCUGCUGCCAAAUGGUGCUUCCCAGCUUUCGAGCUGCUCUUCGUGGGCCGAAUCAUCUGGUCGCUGGCCAAUGGUGUGAAUACAGUCAACGCUACGGUAUGGAUCGUCGAAUGCGCGCCACCACAGAUCCGAGGUCGAAUGGCCGCGAUGCAGGAGUUCUUCAUGGCACUGGGAUCCUUACUGACACAAGCCGUCGGCGUGCCGUUCUCUACCGAUGAGCUGUGGCCUUACAAUUUCCUUCCGAACUGUGCUGUCGUCGUCGUGUCGAUGGUCAUGUUCUCCUGGGUCGCCGAGUCUCCGCAGUUCAUCAUGGAAAAGUAUAAUGACGUGGAUCGUGCUAGAAAGGCGUUGGCUCAAUACCACGGUGUGUCUGAAGACGAUCCAUCUGUUGAGUCGGAGAUCAGAAUCUGUGAGCAGAGUAUAGGAAAGAAUAAGGAGAAGAAGAAAACAGCUGGGGGAAUCGAAAGUGAACACAGCGGAAUGGAGAUCAUGUUCAUGCCGUGGCGUGCGAAGGAUCAAACGUCUCGUCUCAUCCGCUACUGCGCCUGGGUUGGUGUCAUGGUCAAAAUUGCGUACGUCUUCACUGGCGCCCGAUCCCUUCGCGGCUACAGCACAUUCAUUCUCUACACUCUGUCACACUUCACCUACUCUCAAGCGACGUGGCUCUCGUUUGCCACCGGUCUCCUGCGUCUCCCGUUCACCCUGGUUCCAGUCUUCCUGGUCGAUCGACUCGGUCGUCGUCCACUUAUUAUUGUUUCGAUGCUCGUCUCCUUUGUGUCCAUCUUGGUGAUGAUCAUUGCCAUCAAUAUUAAUGGAGAGUUGAAGUAUGCCACAUUCAUCGGCCUUACCGUACUCCUUCUCGUGAACACUUGUGGAAUCGGAUCAGUUUCAAGGUUCUACGCAGCUGAGCUUGUUCCAAGGAAUCUCCUAUUGUCGUCAGUUUCCACGUUGACAAUGUUCGAAGCGUUGACGAAGAUUGGAGUGGAAUUCGCAUUUUAUCCAACCGCCAAUGUGAUCGGCGCUCAAUCGCUUCUCCUAUUCCUCAUUCCAACCGGAGUUUUCACCGUAAUGUGCUACCUGAUGUGCCCGGAAACGAGCCGAAUGACUGUCAACGAGGUGCUCAAUAAUGUGGCCGCCAAAAAGAAAAUGGACGUUGUAUUCCCAAUGUAAUCGGCCGCAAAAUUUCACAAUUUCUCCCCAACUUUGGCUUUAAUUUUAACUUCUAAGACUAAUUUAUGCCAGAUCCUCCUGAAUCCUAACAUGACACUUUUCGCAUAUUGACACUUCUUCAACAUUUUCAGAAGAAGACUUUCGCUAUUUUAUUGCAAUUUUUUGAAUUAUUGUUUAACACUUUUUGAUUCGCGCCAAUUUUCCUAUUUCAUCAAUUUCUACGAGUCCCCCACCCUCAACUUGCUCGGUUUUCUUCUCUUAUGUUCUAUACGAUAUCCUUGUUUUGUUCUAUAGUCGAUUUUAAGCGGGUAUGACACGCGUUUUUUUUCUCUGUUUUCAUAUUAUAUUUUGUGUCCUAAAUUUGAAUUUACUAUCUCUGAUAGAUUAUCAAGUUGAUAAUAAAUUUUGCAUCAAUCUUGAAAU